UUUUUAUCCAAUAUUUAAUCACAAAAGUAACAAACAAAAUAGUUAUAAUAAGCUGGAAUUAUGGAAUUUAUAGGACUUUUUAAAUGCAAUUUUUGCCCUAGUAAUCUUCACGAUAUAGAAUCAUUAAUUACACAUUUUUCGAUUCAACAUCUUAACAAGGAAUUAUUUGAAUGUGAAGCUUGUUGCAUUAAAUUUUGGAAAAUACCGGAUUACUAUGAACAUAGAAAUAAAUUGAAUUCUACUUGUGGCGGAAAGUAUGGGAUCACGAUGAAAAGCUUUUUUCACACAAUAAAAUCAUUAUUUGAAAGUUUACCGAAAACCGAAGAUACACCGUUACAAAUUUCCACUGAAACUUCAAAUGAUAUCAAAUUUGAGAUUAAUUUGAAUGAAGAACGACCAUCGAAUACAAAUAUAUCUUUGAACACUUCAAAUAUACCUGAUGUUGGAAAAUCGGAGAAAGCGGAAGUUAUUUAUAACAAGAAUGAGAUAUCUACAUAUUCUGAAAUCGAAAGUUCUAUUUGUGAAGAUAAGUUUGAACAUGAUUCAUCGACUUCAUUGAUAUCUCACGAAAUAUACAGAUCUAAGCUACGUAAUUCCAAGGAUGUAAGAAAAAUUACAUCUAAGCCCAAAUGGAAACCGAAAAAACGGAAAUUAAAGAUAAGGGAUACUAAAAUAAAUAAAAAAUCUAAAAAAGAAACGGAUAAAGUAGCAAAAGUAAAUGUUGAACUUGUAAAUGAAAAUGACAGACUCAUUGAAAAUAAAAGCCAAAAUGUUUCAAAUAGUAAAAUUCUUGAAAAUUGUAAAAUAUGUGAAAAAUCUUUCAAUAACCCAGAUGAACUACGAAAACAUUUGGAAAACCAUGGAAAUGAUAGAAACGAACUGUGCGUGUGUCAUGUUUGUAACAAAAAAUUUAAUUCUGUUAAUUAUCUUAAAGUGCACAUAUCUUCUAAGCAUCCUAAUGACUUAUUUUGUACUAAAUGCAACAAGCAUUUUAGUAAUCAAGAAAUGUUUGAUGUUCAUAUAAAUGAAUUUCAUAAAAUAAACAGAAAUAACAAUAAAAGCAAGGCACUAGAAACAAAGACAUUAGAAUGUUUCGAAUGUACCGGCAGAGUAUUUACCCGUGUUAGCUCUUUUGUAAUGCAUUUAUCAAAUAAACACAAAAAAUCGGAUGAAGAAAUAAAACAAAUUUUAGAAAUUAAUAAUGAAACAUUCAAGAAUGAAUUGAUGUGUAAAAUUUGUGGCAAAUUAUUCGUUACCAUUGAUCACUUAAUGAACCAUCAAAAAAGGAAACAUGGUACCGAUGGCAAGAAUCAACAUAAAUGUAAAUCAUGUUCAAAGUUUUUUGCUAGUCAAGAAGAAGUUAGAUCCCACAUAUUAGAAUGUCAUAAGGAAAAGCUGAUGUGCCCUAUUUGCAAUAAUGAAAAAAUUUAUUCGUGUACCGAAUCUUUGAUUGGCCAUAAGCGACGAAUACACAAAAUUUAUAAUAGGCCACCACAACAAAUUAACACAAAGGAACAAAGUGGAAACGAAAGUGUUGAUAUAAAAAAGAAAAAAGUUUAUAAAUUUGUUUGUGGUCAGUGCGGAAAAAUAAUGAACGGUAGGACGCAAUUUAAAAAUCACGAAGCUUCCAACUGCGGAAAAAACCCUGUACAUAAAUGUAAUGUUUGUGGAAAAGGUUUCGCAAGUGCUGGAAUACUUAAGGGACAUGUUUCCAUUCACGAAGAUUAUGAAAGCUAUCAAUUUGUUUGUGAUUUUUGUCAGAAAAGGUACAGAACUAAACAUCAAUUAACUAAGCAUAGACGUAUUCAUACAGGCGAAAGACCUUUCCAAUGUCCACAUUGUGAAAAAGCUUUUGGUACUUCUGCAGCCUUAUUUGUCCAUAUUUCAACACACACCGGUGUUAAAAGAUAUAUGUGUACUUGUGGUGAAAGAUUUUCUUGUAUAACUGGUUUAAAGGGGCAUUGGAAAACUAAUAGUACCACUUGCGGAUCGGAUCCAAAUAAAUCAACUAAAGCAGUUGGGGAAUAUAUAGGGUAUCGAAAAGGUAAAGUGGUUAAUAUUCGUCCAGAAGAAGAAAUGAUGAUGAGACCAAGUUUAUAAUACAAUAAAUUAUGCCAGUAUUUAUGUUUACGAUCUUAAUUUUUCCUAGAUAAUUUGUAUUUUCAAUAUAAAAUCCGUAAUUAAAUUUACAAUCAAAUAUAUAUUUGUAAAAAAUAUCUAUUUUUUUUAACAAAUCCAUUUUUGAUGGUCUUCAAAUAUGUCCAUGUAGUUGUGUUAAAAAAAU